UCGUCGACGUCGACCUCCCUUGUCUUUUCCACUCAGCCAAAUAAUCCAUCCGCCGUACCGGCGUCGGCAACCGCACAUCCUCUUUGCUAUGCCUACAUCCGCCGCCAUCGACGGCCAUUAUCCACCCCAUCUCGUGCAGAGGGGCGAUGCGUCCUCAGAGGCAGCGGAGCGCCGGCUCCAGGAAGCAGAGAAAAGGCUGCGUGAGGCGAUCGAGGAGUUACAGCGCCAUCAUAAUGCCAGGCGUUCGGACGAAGGCGGAUGUGGUGGAGACAUGUUACCCUGCUGCGACCAUGACGACUCCUGCAUCGCUCACGCCAUCGGGAACCUGUGCCAGAGUUUUCUUCUCUCAUACGGAGUUAGGGUUGGGAUCGGUAUCCUCCUCCGAGCGUUCAAGCUCGCCAGGCGCCAGUCUUAUUCCUCAAUCAUUGACCUUAAGCAACUUGUUUCUGAGAAAGAUCUGAUUGUAAGAGAAGAAGCUUGCCGUAUUGGAUUACUUUUUGGUGGCUUUACAGGUUCUUACCAUGCUCUUAGGUGCUUUUUAAGAAAGUUCAGGAGGAAAGAGACACCAAUUAAUGUAAUAGUAGCCGGUUCAGUUGCAGGUUUAUCGAUAUUAGCAUUGGAUGAUCCAAGUAGACAGCGUACUCUUGCACUAUAUCUUCUAGCCAGGCUUGCACAGUGUGCCUAUAAUUCAGCCAAAUCCAAGAACAAGUUUCAUCUUUGGGGAAGUCACUGGAGACAUGGUGACUCUUUGCUCUUCUCUUUGGCAUGUGCCCAGGUUAUGUAUGCAUUUGUAAUGAGACCCGAGAGCUUACCCAAAGCAUAUCAAGAUUUUAUUCAAAAAACUGGGCCAGUUGCAGAGCCUGUUUACAAAGCUGUCAGAGAAUGUUGUAGGGGUGGACCUGUUGACAUUGUAUCUCUAUCAGCAUAUUUAUCAAAGAAGGACUGCAGUUCAGUGAACUUGAUGGAGCAUCUUUCCAUUAUUCCCUGUUCUAUAAUUCAUCCUGACUCAAAUUCUUGCCUUGUUCACAAUGCAACUGCUGCAUCAGAAACAUUUAGGAAAACAUUUCCUUUGUACUUCUCUUUGACAUACGUGCCAUUUGUGGUUCUUCAUCUACAGAAGUUCCUGGAGUCUCCUGCUUGGACAUCAUGGCGUGCUCUUCUGGGUGCAGUUCGCUCAACUUCUUUCUUGUCUGCUUUUGUAGGAGUCUUCCAGGGUGUCAUUUGUUUACACCGGAAGGUUGCAAGUAACGAUCACAAACUCAUUUAUUGGUUUGCUGGUGCAAUAUCUGCUCUUUCCGUACUGUUGGAAAAGAAAGCUAGAAGAGCAGAACUAGCUCUCUAUGUGCUUCCACGAGCUGUGGAUUCAGUAUGGUAUAUUUCAGUCAAUCGUCAUCUCCUUCCUCGUAUAAAGAACGCUGAGCUGCUAAAGGGGUUACCGAAAAGACAAACUCAUGGACGUUGAUGUCUUACCUAUUAUGUUACAAGUGGAGGCUAAUAAUGUUAAUGCACUAGUUAAGUUUAAUGCAGAGAUCUACAAACUCCUAAAUGGCAGAGCCUGCCUUUACACUGAUCAUUUUCUAGAAGGCCCUUGGUUCUGAGAUUUGCUUAUCAUCAUUUUUGUCGUUGAAGGUUGUGAUACACAGAUUGUUGUUUCGGCUGUUAUUGUCGAAUGUUCUUGUCCAUUUGCUACUCUCUCAGAUCUUAAGAUGACUGCUAUAUAUAUUAUAAAAGAGAAUUUUUGCAUUUCUGAAUCUCAUUGUGUCUACAAAACAACUGAUGUUGAUCACAAGACAGAUGAAAAGUUUGAGGGUUGAAUUAGGCCCUAGUCAGUUAACAUCAAAAUUUGUCAAUAUCUAUGAUACCAUGUACAAAAAAUUAAUAUAGCAGAGAUGUACAUGUAGAGUUAUAAGAAAAGAUGAAAUAAAAUAAAAUAAAACUAAUAAUUGAGAGUAGUUAAACGUAGCUUCAAUUAAUGAUUAAAUGAGAGAAAAUAGGUUGAAAUGGUAUGGAUACGUUGAAAGAUGACUGAUAGACGCUGAUUUAUUUAAUUUGAAUCUUAAUAGUGAUAUUGACUUGCAUAAAAUUAACGAAGUUAAAAGGUUUCAAAUUGUUGGGAGGUAUAUGGCUUGAUGAUAAUGAAUCUCGUUAUGUUUCUUUGGUAUUCAUUUUUUUCACAUGAUUACAAUGUCUCUGAAUUGACAAGGACAUCUGCUCCUUCAAAUUUCACAUUGUAGUAAUUCAGGUCGCCUAUGUCUAGCAAAUAGAUUUAGGAAGAACAUAAUUUACUGUCAUUCUGCCCUGGUAUGUUUCUUGGAACUGCAGGUUGCUCUAUUCUGUCUCUGCAUGGGAGGUAUUAUGUUCUACUUGGAACAUGAACCAGACACAAUGGCUCCUUUUCUGAGGGGCCUCAUCCGCCGGUUUCUGGCUAGUAGAAUAAGCAAUCCUAGCCCUUCCUCAAACAUGAAUGCAUCCUACUCUUAUAUACCGAAUCUAGGACAGCAAGAAAGCAAGAAAAGUGAAGAGAAGGAUGAAAGUGCAACUUCAGCAAAGUACAACCUUGAGUCGAUCCCUGGACUGUAGUCCAGAUCUCUCUAUUUUGGAAAAGAGGGAUCGGAGAAAUUGGCAUUAACAUCAGUAAGUGCAUAUAUCGCAACUCCUCUUCCUGCUAUUGGAGCCAGCUAAAGGAUUUAUCAAUAGCUAAAGGAUUUAUCAAUAGCUAAAGGAUUUAUCAAUUGCUAAGUUUCACUUGGUUCAUUUAACUUCUAAGGAAUGUAAGUUCCAUUCCUUCUUAGUAUAGCGUUUCUGAUCUGAGCUCAUAUGGCCCAAGGAGACCACAAAGAACAGAUCAUUUAUUCUUUUGUUAUCAGUCUCGUAGUAUGAUUGUUCAAUGUAUUGCCCCAUUGGUUAAAGCACCUCAUUAUGCUUAUCAAAAAUAUUGAGCAGGUUGUGGCCUCUGGGUUCUGUUAGUGUUCUAGUUUGGCUCAGGGAAUAAUGAAUUUGAUUGUGCCCUGCCAUUUUCAUGUGUGUUUUCCCAAGUUCAACUUUGUAUCUUUGGAAUAACACAUUUGUUUGCAGCAGUUCAUACUUCGUUGCUCCCAUA